UGUCCAUUCUGACGAGUCAACGAUGCGUGGAAAAUACGAAUAUUCUUGAUAGCAUUCUGCAUUGACAUGAGCACUACGAAUUUCGUCCACUUAUCAUAACAAUCGCCAGAUAAAUUAGGUCUUUGUAAACAGCAAUUAUAAAAAUUACGGGAAUAAGAACAAGAAAACAGUAAACACUUCGUUAUCAAGCAACCCUAAUUACCUCAACAAAGCCCAAGUACAUAGCAGAGAUAACACGGGUUAUGCGUUAGAUGAAGCUGUGGUCCACUGUGAAAACAUGCAAGUGUGUGGGUGCCUACCUUGUGUGCCCAGAAGGUACAUGAUAUGCCUGCUGUGCUUCCUAGGAUUGAUGAUAACCUACAUGAUGAGGUUCUGUAUCAGCUUAGCUAUCACGGAGAUGGUCAAACCUCACGUUAGAAAUAUCACCUCAACUGUGCCCGGUCAUGUACAGUCCUGUCCAUACGACGACAACAGGAUACAACACACAUCAGUGGAUAUGGACAAAGGAGAAUUCGAGUGGAGUGAGCGCACACAAGGGCUUGUAUUGAGUUCGUUCUUCUGGGGCUACGUGGUGACCCAGGUGCCGGGAGGUAUACUAGCAGAGAGAGUGGGUGGGAAGUACACCCUAGCGUUCGCGUUGCUGCUACCAGCACUGUGUACUCUAGCAACACCACUGGCAGUCUACUGGGGCGGCGUCUGGGGUCUCAUAGUGCUCAGGAUAAUCAUGGGCUGUGGCCAGGUAAGUGUACUAGCAGAGAGAGUGGGUGGGAAGUACACCCUAGGGUUCUCAUUACUGCUACCAGCACUGUGUACUCUAGCAACACCACUGGCAGUCUACUGGGGCGGCGUCUGGGGUCUCAUAGUGCUCAGGAUAAUCAUGGGCUGUGGCCAGGUAAGUGUACUAGCAGAGAGAGUGGGUGGGAAGUACACCCUAGCGUUCUCAUUACUGCUACCAGCACUGUGUACUCUAGCAACACCACUGGCAGUCUACUAG